ACAGUGAGUAGGCACGCAAAUGAACAGUAUUUAAUGGCGGAGCGACGCCAGUGCGAAAAUAGAUUCCACGCGAAGCGAAUCGAUCUCAUCCUCAGUCGUAGGAGAAGAACUGCUUGUGAAAUGAUGAGGAAGAGGAUUGGAGAUUUAUAGGAUCUACAAUUGAUUUUGGCGAUUUUGAGAAGAGGUGUAUGCUUUGGUUUUCCGUGAGGGAUUAGAAAGGGAUUUCUUCAUAGAGUGGCGGUGGAAAUGGGUGGCGGUGCCGGUGGAGGAGGCGGCGGCGCGUCGGGGAAGCUGAAGAAAGCGGUGAGGAAACUAUUAGGGCAUACGUGGCUCUCUUUCUGCCGGAGAGACCAGCAAAACAUGGUUAUUGACAGCUGCGCUGCUGUUUCGCCAGUAUGCCGUGAUUCAUCCAACAGUUCUUCACUGGAAAAUGAGAACAUCUCUUCGGAAAUCAUCGUGCAGGGAGUUUCACACUCGAGUCCUUCUUCCGAGAAGAACUUGUGUGCAAUAUGUCUGGAUCCUCUGAGUUACAUCUCUGGCGGCAAUCUCAGCCAACCGGUGUUUACAGCCCAGUGCUCCCACGCAUUCCAUUUCGCGUGUAUCACAUCGAACAUCCGCCAUGGCAGUGUCACUUGUCCCAUCUGCCGUGCUCAUUGGACCCAACUACCCCGCAAUGUAAACACCCGUUGUUUAUUACACAACAAGUUGGAUCCUGCCCCACAGAUCCUUAGCAACUCCAUUGCCAAUAUCCCGGGGCGCAGGGAUGCACUUCUGCCUUCUAUAAGAUACAACGAUGAUGAUCCAAUUGUGCCUGACUAUGCUAGCAAUCAAUCCCGGCUCCAUCUGUCUCUGCAUCCAAACUUAAAUGUUUGCCCGCAUGAAGCUUCUGGAUCUGUUCCUUGCCCACGUAUCUCGGAAAUUUUACCCUCCCAUGGAGAAUACCCAUACGCUAUUUCCCCAAGAAACAGAGCCUAUCUCUGUGUAAAAUUAUUGCAUCAACCUGGAAUUGAUCUGGUUUUAGUGGCAAGUUCUAAUGGACCUCAUUUGAGGCUGAUGAAGCAAGCAAUGGCGCUGACAGUUUUCUCACUACGCCCCACAGACCGUCUGGCAAUAAUCACCUAUUCCUCUGGUGCAGCACGAGCCUUUCCCCUACGGCGCAUGACUUCUUACAGUAAGAGGGCAGCAUUACAAGUCAUAGACAAUCUAUUCUACGCAGGACAGGCUGAUCCAAUUGAUGGGAUAAGAAAAGGUGUCAAAAUUCUCGAAGAUCGACUUCACAAGAAUCAACGGUCAUGCAUCCUCCAUCUGACUGAUGCCCCAUCAAGAUCCUUCCAUUGGAUUGACCCUGAUCAAUUUCCAGUCCCAGUUCAUAGAUUUCACAUCAGAGAUGGAUUUAAUUCACCUGACAGCAUCUUUAGCCACAGAUUUGAGGAAUUCCUAGCUGGAAUGCUGGGUGGUGGAGUUGAAGAUGUGCAGCUGAGAAUCGGAGAAAUGGGUAUUGUUGUGAGCAUCGAAGAGCUUAGAGGUGGGGAGGAGAGAAGGGUUCCAGUGUUUGUAGGUGAGUCAGGCAAGGUAAGUGUGGCCUAUAUAUACAAGGAUGAUGAAAGUAUUAAAAGCGGCGAAGUUGUUGUAGGUAUUGGGGACAAAGGAGAGAUAAGUGAGUGUUGGAAUGAAUGUCUGAUUGGGGGAAGAAUCAGCAGUGUUGAGAAUUGGAGCUACCAUGAUCCUUCCAUGGCUCGAAGAUGGUCUAAGCAUUUGCAUGGCUACAGACUAUACCCAUAGUAUAUAUAUAUAUAUUGAUACAUACAUAUAUGUAUUUAUGUCAUACAUGUGAUUGUGUAUUUGUAUAUUGGAAAUACAAUUUUCUGGGAGUUCAGUAAUUUUUCAAAAUCUAUAACUCAAUUUUAAAUUAUUCUGUUAAAAUACAAUUGUGAAUAAUGGUAUGAUUGCAGGAAUGAAGUAAAACAAGGUAUUCAUCUCAUCAGCUGAAGAAUGUGGAAGAAACUAU